UGUCAAAUCAAAUAACGUUAACGCGUGGUAGCAGCGGUGCGUGUUGUUUGUAUCUACGAUUUUGAUUAUAAUAUUUAUAAUUAUUACAAUUAAAACUAUUAAACGAGAUUUACUUGUAAUCUCGCAUUACAGUUGCAAUUUCUAAAUUUUCUGUCGAUCCAAUUUUCCUCAGUGAAGCGAGAAAUCGCCGAGAGGUGUUAAACUGAGUGAUUCGAUUCGAAGCGUGUUCAAGUAAAAAACAUGGGUGAAACCGAAGCAGCAGUGAACCCGAAGGCGUAUCCGCUAGCGGACGCGGCCCUCACGGCCAAGAUCCUCAACUUGGUGCAGCAGGCGACCAACUACAAGCAACUUCGUAAAGGCGCGAACGAAGCCACGAAGACCUUGAAUCGCGGUCUUUCAGAGUUCGUUGUUAUGGCCGCUGAUGCCGAGCCCCUGGAGAUAGUAUUACACAUUCCUAUUUUAUGUGAGGACAAGAAUGUGCCGUACGUGUUUGUGAGGUCAAAGCAGGCGCUGGGCAGGGCAUGUGGAGUAUCCCGGCCCAUCAUCGCGUGCUCUAUCACCAUCAACGAGGGCUCUCAACUGAAGCCCCAGAUCCAAAGCAUUCAUCAAGAAAUAGAAAGACUCUUAGUUUAAGCUGUGAUUAUUAUACUUUAUAAGUAUGGAGAAUAUUUUGCCUAUAAAUAAAAACUAUAAAGUUUA